AUGUCUAAUCUAAUAGAAAUAUCAUCACAAAUUUCAACAUCAUCUUUACAGAAGAACUAUAGUAAUAAUAAUCAAGAUCCUCUAUUAUUUGAGAGUGAUGCUAAUAUUGGAUCUUUUCAGACUUCACAAAGUAAAGAUACCACUCGUGAAGUAGAUAUAAUCACUUCAUCACUCAAAUAUACUAGUAAAUUCAUCCCUAUUGAUAAAUCACUUAAUAAAAAAAUCAAAAAGAGAGAUAAGAAAAAGGCAGAUGAAAAGAAAGAAUCUAAUAUUCUGAAUAAACUUAUUGAUAAGUUAAUUGUGGAUCCUCCUGAAGAUUUGGAAACUUCUAGCUUAGCAAUGUAUACUCUCACAUCAAAUAUGAAUAUGACAAAACUUGAGACAUUUAUUUCUCUAUAUCAAAAUAUUACUAAUGCUAAAUCUAAUAAUGAUAAAAUAAGUUAUGAAGUAUUGUGA